GCCUAAUUUCAGUGCGGCUUCGCUUCUCACUGUGCGCUGAGGCUCGUUCCCUUAUAGGACAAUAUCCACCGAGACUCGCAGGCAGUCAGAUCGAUGCCUGUGCUGUUCAGCGAACUUCAUAAACCAACAGACGGUUUUACUGCGUCUUUUCACAGGGCGUAGAAACUUGCAGACGCUUUUGAGGUGUGGGGGGAAAAAAAGGCAAAAGAAACGUACAGUAGCUCUCUCGCUUGGUCCAGGUAAUUUCAUAUUGUGUAUGACAGUGAAAACGUAUCAAGGUUUUUGGGGGUGAAACAAACUGUUGUGGAAGUUAAUAACUAAUACUUGCUGAGAUCAGUACAUUUUUUUUUAAACUUUUUGCUCUGGAAUUGGGCGUUGAACUUUAUCCGACUAGACAAGGCAAAAAUGUUCGGAAAAAGAAGAGUUGUGCAGGAAACCGGUACUUCGUGCUCGACGUUAAUCUAAAAGGAGAUACUGGGAUCCUUCAUAAACUGGUAGCUACAGUACCCCCAGAGUUUUAGAAAAACGAAGAUGGAGAACGUGACGCUGUUUCAAGACAACCAGACUGUCGGAAACUGGACCGAACCUAGUAUCGAAUACAAGGUGGUGAGCACGGUUUUGGUUUUGGUCAUCUGCGGAAUUGGUAUUGUGGGCAACAUCAUGGUGGUCUUGGUUGUCCUCACAACCAAGCACAUGCGGACGCCGACCAACUGCUACCUGGUGAGUCUGGCUGUCGCAGACUUAAUGGUUCUUACAGCUGCCGGUCUGCCAAACAUCACCGACAGCAUCUAUGGGUCCUGGGUUUAUGGCUACGCUGGAUGCCUUUGUAUCACUUAUCUCCAGUAUUUGGGCAUCAAUGCCUCCUCUUGCUCAAUAACUGCUUUUACCAUCGAGAGGUACAUCGCUAUCUGCCAUCCUAUUAAAGCCCAAUUUCUCUGUACCCUUUCAAGAGCCAAGAAGAUCAUCGUGGUUGUUUGGGCAUUUACCUCUUUCUACUGCGUUAUGUGGUUUUACCUGUCGGACACUAAAGACAUACACUACGCAGAUGUGACUGUGGUGACUUGUGCCUACAAAGUGUCCAGAAAUCUUUAUCUGCCGAUCUACUUUUUGGACUUUGCCAUAUUUUAUGUGGUGCCCUUAACGUUAGCCACUAUUCUGUACGGACUGAUCGCAAGAAUCCUGUUCCUAAACCCCAUUCCCGCAGAUCCCAAAGAAAAAAACAAAAAGUGGAAAAACGAAUCCAGUCACGACAACACGAUCUUUAACUCCAAAAGCUCAAGUCGCUGUUCAAGCAGUACCGCGUCUUCACGGAGACAGGUGACAAAGAUGCUGGCAGUGGUGGUCAUUCUGUUUGCACUGUUGUGGAUGCCCUAUCGAACGUUAGUGGUGGUGAAUUCUUUUCUGACUCAGGCAUAUUUAGAUACCUGGUUUGUCUUGUUCUGCCGAAUCUGCAUUUACCUUAACAGUGCCAUCAAUCCGAUUAUCUACAAUGCGAUGUCUCAGAAAUUCAGAGCCGCCUUUAAGAAGCUUUGCAAAUGCCAGCAGCCGCAUUCUGAGAAGCCAGCUACCUACAGCAUGGCUCUCAAUUACAGCGUAAUAAAAGACAUGUCCAAUGGAGAGAGUCCAGAUCACUUCACCACUGAGCUAGACGACAUGACCGUGACCGCAGAGUUUCUUCCCAGCAAGAAAUUAUCAUUUGAUGACACCUGUUUGUCUAGUAAGGUCACUUUCAGCAAAGCUUAACUUCAGAAUUCAUAGGGUAAAGGAUUUUGUGGGUCAUACAGUAUUUUUCCUGUGUACUGAUGUGUUUUUCAGUGUCAACGAAAUAUGCUUAGCUAUAAACGAUUGUUGGCUCUGCACGAUCUCUCCUAUCCAGUGAGAUUCUGUACAUUAAUGUAAAAUACGUGCCAUUUUCGUGUUGCUGUUGCUGUAGCCUUUGGAACAGUUAAACGUACCUUUCAAAAAGUCAUUGUGUACUGUAUAUGUUAUGCUAGGAGAAAUAUCACAUAAUACAUGAAAGAAACAUGACACAUCAGAAAUUCGAUUUUUGAAUUCACUUUCUCUAGGGAAUAUUUUUAUUGGUUUGCAUUUAUUUAUUUAAUUACUAAAUAUUUUAUGUUCUAGGCAUCAUUUGUUCUGGAUACAAUAAAAGCCACACAACAUGCCAUGCCCAGAAUUUCUUUCAGGUUGUGCUCCUGAACAGUUAAAUCCUAGCUGUCGGAUGUCAACCAGGCCCUUGUACUCAUUGAUUUUCCCAGAAAGUGAAAGGGGGUGGUUAUCUAGCCAUGCCCUGUUAGCUUGGUCUGUUCCUACUGUGUAUUUUGAGUGGAAUCAAUAGCAUUUAAAGAGGCAGGUGGAAGACAGGCUUAUAUUAUCCCUGAUCUCUAGGCUGCCCAAACUGUUACAGUUCCUCAAGUUGUGGUUGACAAGUUGUGGUUUUAACCCAGCACACUUAAAUCCUAGUGAUGGUCUGUUUUUUUUUCUGUUACACCUGGGAAUUGGUGAUUUGUGGACUCCAUAAGAGCAUAGUACAACCUCCUGUAGAUUCAAUUGCACCGUUUCUAGCCUUUCUCCAAAAGACUGAUUUCUGUGGAGGGUUCCCACACCUAGGAACAGUUCACAGCUGUUGAGACUUUUUUUGUUUAAGCAUACAAAUACUCACUAAUACAAUAAUACCAGUCAGUAGGUCAAAGACAACCCAUUAAGUUUUUCUCUGUUGCUAGCAAGAUAGUUCUUUACCUUAAACAUCACAAAGUACUCCAUGUUGAAACAAUGGAAAGCAAUCCAAGAAAGUGUUCAUGAACAUCUCAAAAAUAGAUUUCCAUGAAGGAAGAAUACGUCUACAUUGUGUACUACUAACUAAGUGCUGUGUUCUUUUCAUGGGUGUUCACUUCAGAUUUAAUUAAUUUUCACAGGAUUUGGUCUAGCUUUUUUCCGUCUUUCAAAACAUGCCAAAGUAUCCGUUAUGGUGAUGCCUUUGCACCACAAUACAAAGAGCUCUGCAAAAAGAGUUUGACAUUAUUUACUAAAUUGGCUUAUAACUGUAUCACAUCAGCAUCUUUGCUGUUCUGAAAUGUUCAUUUGUGUGGUACACUUAACACAACACUAAAGCACAACACUAAACAGAUUUGUGACUAAAUAUUUUUGUUGCAUUUGAAUUUAAGACAGUGAGGACAAUUUUACUCUGACUUUCACGAAUUAAGGUUUAAUCUGUUAUAUCUAAGAAAAAACCUCAAGUAUUCAUUCAUUCAUUUAUUUUUGAAUGUCAAAUUGCAGAUAUACUGAUCAGCACACUGAAACACCAUUUUGUUGCUUAUUUUAAGACACUGAAUAUAUACAGAAACUUUCCCUUUACUUUUUGCAUCAGAUGAAGGUUUUGCUUUUUUCUUCGUAGUGAUAAUGAAAAAGAAAGCUUGACAACCCAAACUAGGACAGCGCAUAGUGUUCUUUUAGCACUAGGGGAGCCAUAAGUGUGAAGAAACAGUUUGAGUUACUAGCCUUAACUGAAAUGUAAUAAUCAUGGGCCGGUGUUUGUAUUCCCAGUUGGGAAGGAAGUUGACAACAUCUGAGAUUAAUUCCUCUUCUAAAGGAUGAUCACACAGGACUCAAUAGCCUAGUCACCUCUGCAUAUCCGAUUUGUCAAGUGUAAAGAGGAUCCAGGCCCACAGGGAGAUAACAUGAAGUUCAUUGAUCAGCGUCCCUCAAUGCAUUUCAAGAAGUAAGAUGAAUAAGUGUUAAGCUGUCUAGACUGGGAAGAGGUUUUUAAAUGGAUAUGAGGAUUAUAAUCUGGACAGAACAACACAGUGAAAAGUCCUUUAGUACAAUUAGAUGGAAAUCAAUGUGUGGUCAUUUUAAAUCUACCUGCUCUGUAGCCUUUAGAUGAAAAGGAUAAAUUAAUCCCUCUUAGUUUUCUUCUGGUAGCAUUGCAAGAAAAGAAGGAAGCUGAAAUUAAAGAAAACCACCCACUCUUUUUGUCACUAUAAAUCUUCUUUAAUUCUUGAUUUGACAGCAGCUAAUCAAGCACACAGAUGACGAGAGAUACAGAAUACAUCAUUCAUAUGAUAUAACACCUCUCCUCUUUUUAAAUUAUGUCCAUCCCAAACAAAUUAUGUUUGUUGAAAGGUCUCCCAACAGAACACCCUACACUUGGAAAACUGAAGGACCUUAAAUGUGAAAAAUCAACUAGCUUAAAAACAUCCUGCAAAACAGGCGAAAACGGAAAACUACAGGACACUAAUGAGUUUCAUUGUGCUGUGUUGUCUGACAUAAUGUAUGUACAGAAUACAGUAAAUAUGUACAGUAUAUAAUAGGGAUCAGGUAACAUUGUAGAUCCAGUAUUUAUUGUUUGUGCAAUAACAUUAACUGAAAACUAGUUUUUUAAAGCUUGUAGGAGCAAUGGUGUUGUUAAAAGUGCUGCUCCACAGGUGAGUCUUGGCUCAAUUCCAGAGUUUGUGUGUUUUCACUAUAGUCUUUGGUUUUUUCCUACCUUCUGAAGACAAUGUUUUUUUUUGCCUGUAUACAGUAUUGUCUAUAUGUGUUAUACUGGAAUCCUGUCUAGGGGCUUGUCCUACCUUGCGCCCUAUACUUCUGACAUCUGGAUUGCUGUUACAUUUAAUAGGAAGAAGCAACAUUCUGUUGAAUCAAGGAUAUUAUUUUGCAUGCUAAAUGAACUUCACAUUAUCUGUAAAUAUCCAAUUUUUAUGCUUUCUUAACAAUGCAGAGAGUGAUAAUUAUGGCAUAUACCAACAUCCGGCACCCGGAAACAGGCGAAACAUUGUUUUCUUUCUUCUCUUUUCAGCAUGGAACAAACCUUUUACUUGUUCCUUUGCUACCAACACACAUUUCCAUCUGUCACUAGUCUAAUCUGUCAUUAGUAUUCUAAUACUACACAUUUUAUUUUUCCCUUGGUGCCAGUUUUAAUAUAAAACAUGGUAGACUUCAAAGUGGACCUCUUGUUUUGUGGACAGAAACUUGGACAUUCUUGGAUUUACACUUUAAUUUACUUUGAUAUUAUUACUUCUUAAUUACAUUUUAGGAAUUAGUUAUCCGUUAGGUAUUAGUUAUCAGUUCCUAAGAGGCAACUUCAUAAAGUAGUCUAACCUGUUGUGUUAUUUACAAAGUUUGAAAAUUGAACAUUUACACAGCUCGAAUUGAACAGUUUAAUUAACAUUUUUUUCAAUUAACCGAGACAGAUACUGGGGCAGCUCUUAUUUACAUUUUGUAUUUAAUUUUAGACCCAAUACCUCACACAGCAUAAAAAAUAAUCUUGAGCCAAGUUUAAUUGCUGGGAAUACAUACUGGUGCAAUGUUAUAUUGAAUGUUUAAUUCAUAAAUUGAUAGUAUUUUUAACAGAUCAUUCUUGUAAUUAUUUACAGGAAAAACAAAAAACAACAGGAAAGUAAAUAUGAUCAUUGAUGUGUUUAGUGUCAUCAUUUGACCAAGUAUUGUACAGGGAGAGAGGAAAGAAGAAAUUUCUGCUUUGCAUUAGAAAAGUUAAUAUUCAUAAGAAAUCUGGCUGAUCUCUCCACAUAAAUUCUGCAAUACCUAUUGUAUAUAACAACAGGAUUGAGAUCUCCUACUGCCAGAAGCCAUCAUUUUGUUGUUGUUUUUUUUUAACUGUACUUACCACUUAAUGGGUUUUUUGGCCACAGGACAUUCUGUAAUGACAAGAGAUACUGCAGAUGUGCUUCUCGUGGAAAAAAGAAACAGAAACACUGAUUGUUAGUGCUAAUGGUGAAUUUAAAGCGUUGCAUAGCUGGAAAAAAACAUUUACUAGAUUGUUUAAAAUAUUGUGAUAACACUAUGAUAACAAACUGACAUAUUGAAUACUUUUACAAUGGUUGCAGGGACAGCAUAUGCAGAACUUUUUAAUGCCUUAGCAAAUACUCAAUUUUUAUUGCUUUGGAUGUUUUGCAGCAGAGUGGAUGAGUGAAACUAGUGUUUAAUAGUUCCUUUUUUGUAAAAGUGGUAGUUGUUUUACAAAGGAGUCUGUUCUUUACAUGUUUAUGGGUUUUUUUUUUCUCCCCAUUGCAAAUGCUCACCAUGUGGGCAUUUCUUUUUGGAGAAAUCAGAGAGCUGUUUGCUAGCAUUGUCAGAAUUAGGUUGCAAAGAGAAAACAAAGCCUGUUUUAAAUCUAGAAAUCCUUCCAAUCCGUGUUUUAUCAAAGCCAGUAAGUAUGUAACCAUAAAUACAGUACAGUAUACAGUACCUGCUACUUUGAUUGUCAUGUUUUGUAGACAAUACAAUUCUAGGAUUAUUGUGGGUAUCUUAGUAUCCAUCAUCCACCUCUGUAGUUCUGCAAAGAACUGGAAGUGAAAUGACUGAUCAUAACAGAAUAUUAAAACUUAAUAUUCUAAAUAUCUACUGAUUUAAAUCGGUAGAUAUGUAGUACAUUUAGUAGACGUAGCUGUAUAUGUAUUCAAAAAGUCAAGCUUAGAUGAUUUUAAUACCUUACUGUAGAAAAUUAAUUCCUGAGCAGUGGAGUACAUUUACAUCCAAAAUACACCGAUGCUUAAUUCUCAUUCUUUAAAAAGUAGACUUUUUAUGCUUUAACAAACUCAAAAAACAGCUGUGAACAAUAAUUACACAGAUUCAUCACCAAAUAUCUUAUCUACAGUAAUCAGAGUUUCUUGCAUAUAAUUUUAGGGAAACAUGCUAGUAAAUGUAUUAUCAGUCUUGAUUAAAGUUAAAUCUCUCACAGUUUUUACCUCACAUCUUAAACCAGAAGGUCAUAGUUGCAGAACAACCGUUCGUGCAAAAGUGAAAGUCUAAAUUAAAUCAAAAUGUAUCUCUGCCCAGCCAUCCCAAAUUUUAAAACCCAUUUCUUGAUGAAAGGUUUCCAAUCAGUACUAAAAAGAUUGGAAACAAUUAAAUUACCUGCCUGAUUCACAGGCAGCUUGUAAUUCUGUUUUGACCUUAAAUGGGCUUUCAUUUUCUUUUUUCUUAUUUAUGUAUGAAAUUGAAUAAAAUUAUUCAUCUUUCUUGUUUGUGAGUAAUAUGUAGAAAAUGUAUUUGACAUCAUAUUUUCAUUUAGUGGCAUCCUGUUAAGAAACUGAGAUGUGUUUGAUGUAAAUAGUGUUAUGCAGUUCCUUUUUCCUUCCAUAAUUUGACCAAGGAAGAUAUAAUUGUGCUGAAUUCAGUAUUUCCUGUUGCUGCGUGGUUGAUAUUACAGUACAAUACUAUGUGGUCCCUGCAAAAGCAAACGUUUUUAUGGGGUUAUUCUUAAAUGUGUUGUGUUUUAUUAUCAUCGAUGAUAUGUGUUAAAUAUAAGGCUCUUCUAAUGCACAAAUACAUUUAGCUGAAGUUUUAAACUGAUAUGUUGUGUUGUAUUCUUUGGUUUAUUCUGUUACAGAAUUUUGUAAUUCACCUGUAAUAAAAUUGUUCUGCUUGUUCUGGAGCUUUUGUUGUAACUGAUUGUAUAGAAAUAAAUCAUAUUUUUA